AAACAGGGGAAGUUAGUUAGUUAGUUAGGUUUAGGGGGCUUCGCGGGUUGAUUUAUUAAUUAUUUAACUUCGAUAUAAAACCCACAACCACAAAAUGGAACCCUUGAAUAAAUCCUAGAAACAAGGCAGCCUCUUUCUCCGCCGCGCAAGCUCAAUUCCUCUGGCUUUGACGGUUGCAUUCUGUAGCAGAAAAACAGUCAUGUCGAAGAAGGAGGCGGCGGUGGAAGAGGAUGACGUGGAAUCGUUUUUAGCGAGUUUGGAUAGUGAAUGCGAAUACUGCCCUCCCCAGCUGGUGCAGAAGCUGUUAGAGUCGAGAGCAAUCGGUUGCAUCACCGCACUUCUGGAUCGCAAAGUCGCUCACAAUCAGCUGGAUCUCCGCCGUCGGCUAGCAAACGGCCAACGGCCGAUGUGCUAUGCUGCUAAGCUAGGGUUUCAUCAGGGGUUGCAGCUUUUUCUUCGCCAUCGGAUUCAUCCCAGGGAUAAUUUCUUGCCGGACGGUUCGGAUUCCUAUUCAAAUAUUCCUAAGGAUGAAUAUGGGGGUGAAGUCAUCGACUUGGCAUUCGAGGCAAGUUGCGAGGAAAGGAAGAAGAAGCUGGGUGAAGAAAUUACGCUCUCUCAGUUGAUCCUCUGGCUGCCGGAAUGGAUCUCCGAGCCCGGCAAUUUUGCCUGGUGGCACACCGUGAAGCUGCUGGGAGGCAUCAGUUCCAUUAACAUCGAGUCGAAAGCCUUGGAGUAUGCAGUCAAUGGUCAGGCGACACAGCUGCUCUGGCUUCUGCUUGUAGUCCCUGAUCGAGUUCUCUCCCCGACAUUCUUUCGCGCCAUACCAAUGUUUAAGGAUCGUCUGGAGCUUUUCUCCCUCCGCGAUUUCCUUACCGCUCAGCUAACAGUCGUGACCGCUGACAGCCUCAGCAUUCGACACCACGAUCCCAGCCAAAUGAGCAACAAGUCGUCGUCUUUGGAGUUGAAGAGGUCGAUUCUUGCCACUUCCCUGCGAUUACUUGAAGUCUUUCACAGGGCUGGCCCCCAGUUGUCUUUCUUAGUGGCAACCUUAGAAAAGGAGCAUCUUUCGAAUACCCCAAUUGCUCAACAGGUCAAGACUGUGUUAGAGGGAGCUGGGUUCCCCUUGACUUCUCUGGAUUGCCCUAUUAUAUCACGUCCCUAUCAUUCAGAGAUUAAAGACUAUGGCAGUGCAAGCCAUAAAGAAGCAUAUCUCGAAUUGGUCUUCUUGAUUCGACCGGUGCAUGUUUGCAGAAGUGAAGUUCUUGGUUCACGAUUCAGUAGGGCUAUUGGGAAGUUGUGGUAAUUCUAUUCACUACUUGGUUUUGUUAUGCCAUUCUCACUUCUCAGUACAGGCAAAACUUACACGUUCCGUUCUGGAUUUAGUGCUUGAAUACCAUGCACAAAUGUGUCUAUGAUUCACUGUUGUUUCUUGGCCUUCUGCAGCCAUCAUCCUUAUCUGAAGGAAUGGAGCCCCCAAAAUUCUGUUUUCAAGUUGCUUUUCAUAUUUUGCCUCCCUGACUUGGUAGAAAAGAUGCAAUGCAUGCUGCAGUUACAGCUUAAGCAUCGUAACCCUGCAAAGGUCAUCUGUCCCACCUAUCUUGCCGAAUUAUGUUUCAUCUAUAUGACAGAGGGGCGCAUUGUUGAGUUCACAGCUGCUCUAAUGGCCGUACAAAUUCUUCUUCGGCUGGACCAUCCACUAAUUCCUCAAAUGUCUUUCCAUAUAGUGGGCAAUAAAAAGUCUCCCCCAACUGUUUAUGAAUAUUUACUGCAUCAAUUGAAGAAAGUGCUUGACGAAGAAAUCUCCUUAACCGGAAAAAGCGAGGACAGUGUUACUGUUCAGCUUGUCAAGGAGAAACAAUCGGUGAUUUCUUCUGCAUUAUUAUUAACAAAGAUAUUCGAAAGGUCUGCACAACAUAUAAAUUGGUAUCUUCACUCAGCAAGAUAUGAGGUAAUACAAGAACGUGGGGAUUUGAAGCUGAUUGUAGAUGAUGUUGCUUCCUUUCUUGAAGACUCGGGCUUUUUGUUAACAUCUCAAGACAUUUGUGUGAAUCACAUGGAGUGUUUCUCAAGCAAAUCAAGUGUUAGCAAAACUGAGUUAAAAGGAGAUUCAUGGCUGUUUGGGCCACAUAUGCAGAGAGCUUCAUGUGUAAAGGAGAAGAAAGCAACUGGAGUGUCGAAGGCAAUAAUGUCAGCCGAAAACAUUAAAUCUUCUUUGCUUGUUGGUUCAUCCAUUAACAAGCUUUCAGCACGCUCUUAUCACUCAUUCCCAAUGCUUAGGUAUGGAGCAUCUAAGGGCGUCUUGGUGCCUACACAAGAUGGGGUCAAUUUGUUAACGAAAGGGGUCGAGUCUGCAAGAUGGUCAGAUUCUAUACUGAGAAAGAGCUCGAGGUGUUUGACAAUGACUAGGAGAAUAAUUUUGCGUCUGUAACUCUACCCGGGGCUUUGCUCGUGUUGUAGUAGUAGUCAUUGUUACACAAUAGACUUUGAGAGUAGAGCAGGUUGAACUAUUGUUCCUAGAACAUCAGAAAACUGUGCCAAGACUUAUUUUCUUCUUCUUCAUCAUCAUUUCUGCAUUCAAUAUCAAGUCUCAUGUAAAAGUGAACGGCCUAUGUUCCUUCUCUUCUUUUGUACCCUGUGUAUCUUCUCUGAUAUAAUCGAGAAAUCCUUUUCUUGUUACUGUUUUCAAGGCAAAUGGCAGAAAAUGGAAGG